GUGACCGUCGCAGUUCACAUUCAUCGCCACGCUAUUUACCAACUAUAUAUCUUUUCUGUAUGAACUUUGGAAACUCAUUUUAUUAAUCUAAAGAGCUUGAUAUUUUACGGUGUUGAAAAAACGUUUGCUUGCAUGAUCAAUUCUUUUUAGGGCAAAAGAAAAAUGGGGUCUGAGGCAGAGUGUGAAACAACUCCACCAAAGCUUUCUCUAUUUUCGUUUCCUGGUAAGGCAAAAGAGCCAUCAUGGAUGAUAACAUCGCCCAUCCAUACCUUAGUUUCGGUUCCAUUCCAGUGGGAGGAAGCACCGGGAAAGCCUAGGCCAUGCCCUAGUACUAGUGAUACUACUAUCAGUCAAUCAGAGCCCAACGCUGGAAGAUGCUUGGAACUGCCUCCGAGGUUGUUAGCUGAGGCUAAGGUUGCUAACGUGCCAUCUCCAAAAACUGUCUUGGACGGGCCUGAAGAAGGUCGGUUUGUGUCUUACACGUUGUCGUUUCGAAAAAGUGGGUCUUUUAGGAGCCCGGACAACAAGAUGGUGAAUAAGGAGAAAGUUAUGUUUGGAUCGAGUAGGUGGGGGAGCUUUAGAAAGGCUGGACGAGUUCUUCAGGGAAGUUUUGACUUUUCAACUCCGGUUUCUGAUGGUGGUGAUGAUGCAGAGGUGAAGAUCACAAGGGCUAGAAGGAAAGGGAGCUUACUGAGUCUUUCUCAGGCUAGACCACAUGUCUUGGCAAGCAUUUAUGAAAGUUUUAAGCAAGUGGUCCCGUGGAGACGUGGGCAGGAGAAAAUGAAGAAAAAGGACUCCUGAGUGCAUUGCCACCGUCUGAUCAGUUUAACUUUUGUAUAGGAAAAAAAUGAAAAACAUUUGAAGGUAUUCCGUUGGUCUCUUCCAUGUGGGAAGGAAUAAUUUUAGAGCCCUAAGCUUCACACACUAUGUGAUGGAUCUCUGAUCGAAUAUGGUUGGGUUUCAUAAUUUGUUCCUCAUAAAUGAGAAUAAUAAUCAAGCCAGUCUCGUGAGUGAUCGAGCCACACUGUCAAGAAAAAUCUGUUGAAGUAUAUAACAUCCUGAGACUACUAAUUGAUU